UUUGACAGCUGACAGCUUCCCCAAAUGGCAGAAUUUGAUAACAAAUAGUUUCAUUAUUUAUAAAUACAACUGGUGUAUCAUGUAGAACAUAACUCUUAAAUUAUUGGACAAAUCCAGACAAUUGUGUUCAUUAAGCAUUUUAGACUGUCUUUAAAGAUUAAGAAAACAAAGGAAUAUGUGAAGAGAGGUUAGGUUUUCCAUUCUAGACUAAAAACCGAAUGAGAGCAUAAUAUUAAACAAGUAGAAGUAAUAAUGAUACCACCACUUGCUCCAGGACAAUUAGACGAACAGCAAAACAUGGUCGGUUGGAAAAACACGUUUAAUAUGAGACAGGUGACUUUGAUGAAUCUUGCGGCAUCCCAUCUCGGAGCACGCAAUGGGAACUUGACUUACAUGAGCACCGGUUGUAUUACGAGUCCUACAAAGUCGUUGGAUUUGCUGAGGAAGAAUUUACAAAGUGCUAUUAAUAAGGAUAUCGAUAAUGUUAUUAAGAAGUACCUUGAGAAAUUCUUCCAACCGGCCGUCGCGAAUAUUAGAAUGAAUCUCGGUAAAAAUAGUGUUAAUGAGGAGUUAAUUAAAAAUGUGUGCCAACAAAUGCUAGAGGAAGCGAAGUUAAUGUACAAGGUCUCGCCGUCUUCUCGUGACAGUUCGCCGUACGACUACAGUGAUUCGGAAGGUGGGAGUCUUAUUGAUAGUCGUAUAGAACAAGUGAGUCCGGUGCAUUACAAGCGUAAAGAGUCCGACACCGACUCGGAGACUGGUUAUGUCAUCAAUCACAAACGUUACAAGGCAAAAACGGUGAAAUGCGACAACAUGUCUCAGAAGUUGCCCGACAAACGGGAGGGACCGAAGUGGGAUCCUGAACGAAUUCACCCAAACACCCUGUUUAUAAUGGGAGCAAGAGCCAACAAGGUGUUGGGAUUUGGACAGACUCGCGGUCGGCUGUACGUACGACACCCCGAAGUUCUACGGUAUUGCAGCGAUCCGGAAGACAAAGAGUGGCUUGCCUCGAAAAACUUGAUGCCGCCCAGCGGCGGUAGGGCUUACCUAAUGCUGUUGGAGGAUAUCCAGGAGUUGGCACUCAACGACGAUUACCGCAACAACCCCAAUUUACAGUUGAACGAAUUACAGGGUUUCGAAGCGCCGCCGUUUAUGCUGAACAAAAUAAAGCUAUUCCUGGAGCAGGUGCGUACGGAUAAACGACAGAACUGCGAUCUAUUUGAGUAUCAACCUAGUCAGUGCAUGACACCGAUCGACUCGGCGCCGUCGACACCGUCAGACACGCUACAAGCCCUAGACACUCAUUCUUUAAGUUCGAAACAGUCCGACAUCAAUAGUUUAAUUAACAUUCCGGAAACCAGUCCAGGGUCGAACAAUUCUUUUAUGUCCGGUCCCUACACUCAGAGUCCCGCGCGUACGUCCAACAGUCUUUCACCUCACAUGCUGAUAGGAGUGACAGUCGACGGUUCUAACAACAACACAUCCGUACUAAGUCUAGUCGAAAAUCUACACAAUGACAAAUUACUUUCAAACUUGUUAUCUGUACAUGGAUCUACGGAAAACUCGCAAGAAUUGUAAUAGUAUAUUUUUUAAUAGAUACAAACUGUAUUUGGAUCUUUUAUAUAGGCUUAGAGUUUUAUAGUACUAUAUACUUAUUGUGGAAUGUGUAAAAAAAUGUGUUGUUAAUGUCUACGUACAUUUUUAAUGCACCAAUUUUGUUGUUGAUUUGGAAAAUUGUUAAAAUUCGUUGUAUAGUUUUUAAUGUUGCUGCACGCCAAAAUGGGUCAAUUAAUUAACUGUUCAGUUUGUUAUACGAGAGUUGCCUGAUUUGCUAGUCAAAUGAAUGUAUUAUUAAAUUUUAUAGAAACUGUACAUAUUUUAAUUAAACGUUUAUGUUAUAUGGA